GCGGGGCAUCGGAGGGCGAUAAGCAACGGUCACUUUGAGGAGUUGGGGUAUAACGAGGUCGUUGCUGGGGGUAAGGUGGGGAAAGGAGGUGGUGGGCGAUUUGGGCAACGAGAAGCAGCAUGUGAUGGGUCGAAGCAGUAAACGGCGAGACGGAAGGCGUUUAUCAUCGGGAAGAAAGAGCCCAUCAAGGAGAGGGGAAAACAACACGAAGCAUCUAGAGGAGGCAAUGUUGGAUGACAUGCAAAUGGACAGCGUGGAGUUGGAUGAUCGGUGGGCUUUGGAUACGGACGUCAACAGCAAAGAAGCGUCAAUACUGGAUAGCCAUCGGAAGAAAGGUGAGAAAGGGGAGCACGCGAUGGCGGGAAAUGAAGGGGGAAGGGUGAGGAGUGCGAGUGCUGAUGACGGAGGUGACGACGAGGAGAACCGGAACGGCAUGCACAAGGGAGGGGGGGAUCAUGAUCGAAGGCCGCGGGCGUACGAUUCGCCGGAAGGAGGGGGGGGGGGACCUUGGCGGCCGGCAGGCUCGCCGCAAGAGGGGAGGAGGUAUGGAGGGGAGAGUCCGAGGUUCGAAAGGAAGCAUGAGAGAUUUGGAAGUGGGUGUAACGAACCGUGGCGCGAGGACCGCAGAGGUGGCCGAGGGAGAGGAGGAGUGGGUGGGACGCACAGGCAUGGGAGGGACAUGAUGGAAGAGGGAGAAUACGAUGAAAGGGGAGAGUAUUACUAUAAAAGGAAUGGGGGGCGAUUUGGAGGAGGCGGUGGCGGUUUGGAUGGCGGCGGGUGGUAUUACCAGGGGGGCGGACGACGUGGAGGAGGAGGAAGAGGGAGAGGGAGAGGGAACAGGUAUGGGUGGCAAGCAGAACGCGGUGGGCGUUUUGGUGGUGGCAGGAGGUCGUUACCGUACGACUGCGAGGAUGACGAAGGUUACUUGAGCGGGGAGAUGGGGGGGAGAGGUGGUGGUGAGAAAGGGGGAGGGGGAAGGAGACCCGUAGAUGGGGGAGGCGGAGGCAAUCCUAUCCUUCGCAGGGGUUUCAUGGUGCCUUCUCCUCGCUCUAGCGGGAGGACGGGCUAUGGGAGUGGGAACGAUACCCAUGGUCCGCGGGUGACGCUUACGGAUGUUGACGACUCUACCUUACUGUCCCUGAAAGAAGAGAAAUUGCUGUACACGGAUUCCGCGGGGGUAUACAGAGGGCCUGUCACGUUUAAGGAGCUACUUGAUCUAUAUGGGUCAGGGUACAUUCCAUCGACGUCGAAGGCAUCAUGCGGGAAUUUGUGUGUGGUAGUCAAGGCGCUUUGGGAGAAGAAUCGUUUUGUGAAGCGCCCACCAAGGAAGCGACGUUAUAAAGAGACACAGUCCUCACCAUCUGGUGCAUCCUCUGGUUUCUCCUUCUCUUCAUUCUCAUCUGAUGAUGGAAGAUGGCGGUCAAGUGGCAACAAAGUGAGACAUCGGAGAAGAACGAGAUCCCCAGUGACUGAUAAGGGGGUGACAACAAAGGGGAGAAGGUACAAAACAGAUUCUGAGAGCAGCAGUGAAGAGGAAGAUGAUAGAGAGAGUGAUGAUAAUGGCAAAGAAUCAGUUUCCAGAGGAGAGAAGAGAGAUGUUGAGUCUUCGAGGAAGGACAGGGGAAGGCGUUCAAAGGAAUUACGGAGGGAGAAGAGGAGGGAGGACAAGAAGGAUAGGAGAGGGAAGCGGUGUGAGGAGGAAGAGGGGUGUCAAGAGGAGCAUGUUGAGCAGGGGAGGCACGAGGAAGAUGGGGAACUAAAGGGAGAACAGGAGAAUGUUGAGCUGCAUGGGAGAAGGGAGCUUGAAAUGUCAACCGAGGUGGAUGGGUCAAAGAAGUUGGAUGAGGAAGUGAUGGCAGAUGAGGCAAGAGUGGUAGAUGAGGCGAUGGUAGAAGAAGCCAUGGAGGGGAAUGAUCUGGCAGUGGAUGAGGCCAAAGAGGUGGCUGAAGAGGAGGCGAGGGAGGUGGAAAAAGUGGCAGAAGAUGAAGCUGAGGAUGCAGAUCGAAUGGCAGGAGAUGUGGGAAGGGGGGGGAAUGAGGAGGAGGAAUUUGGGGUGGAGAGAAACACGUGUAGGAACGAGAAAAUGGAUGAGGAUGCCAUCAAGGACAUUGGUGCAGAGGGAGAUAAAGAGCCACUAGGGGGAGGAGAUGGGACAAUUGGCUGCAAGGAUGUGGAGGGAGGUCAUGGAAAGGUCGUAGAAUGUGACAUGGAGGUGUUAGCAGCAGAGUUACCGGAAGAGAACAGAAAAGGGGGUGAAUUUGGGGCACUGGCUGAUAUGAAGGACGUGAGAGAGCACCAUUAUAUUGUGAAUGCUUGCCUGGAACCAUCUGAAGAAAGGGCGAGGGCCAUAGUAAAUUGCAUUGCAAGCAAGGGUAAGGAAUCAUAUCAGAUUGAGUCAGGGGGGAAUACAAGCAAGAUAAAUGACACUAGGCGAUGGGCAGAAGAUCAUGCUGUUCUCAUGAAGGGGGACACCUGUACCAGAGGGCUCCAGGAGUAUGAAUAUUGUGCAAGAGUUGUAGCAGGCAAUGCAGCUGAGGAGGAUGGGAGCCUGGCGAGAAUUGACUCAAAGGUUGCAGAGGAUGUGAUAAAGCAGUGUAAAAUGGAGACGAAAGAACUGCAUGCGAUGAUGGACGAAUCACAGGUUGAGGGAAAAGGAUCAAGGGAGGAGGGAAAAGGAUCAAGGGAGGAGGGAAAAGGAUCAAGGGAGUUGAAAGGAUUGGAGGUGGAGUGCAACAAGUUGGAAGUCGGGCAGGAAGAUUUCCAAAAAGUGUCUGAAGAGCUACCUGUGGAGCUGAAUACGGUGAAAGCAGAGCCCCGAGGAUGGAAAGUUGAUCCCGAGGAAUUGAAAUGGGAGGCUAGAGGAUUAGCCAGAGAAUGCGGAGACCUGAAUGGGAAGUCUGAAGGACGAGAACAGAACCCUGAUGAUAGUGCUAAGGGUCCUGAAGAGAAUGGCUGUGUGGUUGGGGAUGUUCAGAAGGGGGAGGACACUAAUGGGAAUGAGGGCAGGAGUGAGCAUAGGAAAGAAAGAGAGAGAGAUGAGAAGGAGGAUGACAGGGAGGAAGAAGGUGACGAUGGGGAGGAAGAGGAAGAUGAUGAGGAAGAGGAUGAGGAGGAGGAUGAGGACGAGAGGGAGCGAAAGGCAUUGCAGAAGGCCGCAGAGAGGCGAGCACGAUGGGUGGCCAGGCUUGCUGCAAAUGACGAGUCCAGCCUCCGUCCUACAGUCAUAGAUACCGUAGCUGCCGCCAAGGCUUGGCAGGAGGCAGCAGAGGCAGAACGUCAGCGGCUGGCCAAUGAGGCGGCAGCCCAAGCUCAGCAGACUGCUGAGGCUGACGCAGCGGCACGAAACAGACGGAAUGCCGGCAGCACGGAGUCCCUGAUUGCUAGUGAGCAUCAGUGGACAACGUUACUCCAAUACAUGAUCUUUGUGCCUACGGAAACGCAGGCGGAACCGACACAGGCGGAGGCAGAGAAAAGUAACCUGGCUACCGUGAUGUUGCACAUAAUGAGGGGAGUAAUGUGGAACAACAAACUACUGCAGGCACACCUGCACGCGGAUCGUCAGCAAAGACAGCAGUACCAGCAAGACCUGGCCGCUGUAACGGCCGACGUCCGCAACGCAGUAGUGCAGCAGCAGCAACAGCAACAGCUGAUGAACUCUACCAGCGCACGCAUCAACGGCAUUGAGGCCAAGGCCUCAGCAGCGCCAGGCUGCACGAUGGACGCGACGAAGCAAAUCAAUGAACGCAUCGAUCACGUCGUCACCAUCAUCGGCGACAUAGGUGUAUGGAUGAACCACCUGGCGGCCACCCACAAGUGCACCAUCGCCGAACUCCACACGCACAUCACGUGGAAGGAGUUCGAGCAGCUAUGGCUCACCCGGUUCAUGGUCCGCAACGUCGUGAAGGCAGCCAUGAAUGAGGUGUACACAUGCUCUCAGGGGAACAUGCCAACUCGAGAUUGGACAACGAAGUGGCAAAAGAUAGUGACCACGCCAGGAUUCGAUUUGAGUUUCUCAAAUCAACGAUCCGAGUUCUUCUCGCGAUCGUGCGCGGGAUUGCGGUCGGCACUCGGUAAUGAGUAUGACUAUACCACAUUCCAGGGCAUUCUGGAUCGAGCGAAUUUGGUCAUCCAAACGGACGACAAGGUCGCUAACGAGAGACAAUCCCAGCCGCACUAUGUGGCUAAGCAGGCCUAUCAACGUCCGACACAUAACAAUGCCGUGAUUUCUGAGGAAACCGACGACCACCACGCUGCAGCAGCAUCCUCGAGUGAUGGAGGAAUUGUCGCAGCGCUCCCGCCGAAGCGUCCCAAGAGAGUUCGAAAGAACAAGGCGACACAAGAGACGGCAGCGACGGGAGCUGGGCAGCCAUGGACGGCAUAUAAGAUCACCAAGGAGUAUAGAGACGUCUUCGAGGCUCCCACCGGAACGGUUCCGGAUCGGCCCAUACGUCACGGGAUCACUCUCGAGGCUGGCGCCGUCCCUCCGCGUGGAUGUAUCUACCGCAUGAGCGAAGAGGAACUCGARGUGCUUCGCGCACAACUCGAUGAUCUUCUCAACAAGGGUUGGAUUCGCGCUAGUUGCUCGCCAUACAGUGCACCUGUUCUCUUCGUCCGGAAGAAGGACAAAGAUUUACGGUUAUGUAUCGACUAUCAGAAACUUAACGCACAAACCGUAAAGAACGCCGGCCCUCUCCCUCGGAUUGAUGAUCUCCUUGAGCGGUUAGGCGGCGCGACGUACUUCUCGAAGUUGGAUUUGAAGUCAGGUUACCACCAGAUUGAAAUCCAGCCUCAAGAUCGGUACAAGACCGCGUUCAAGACGCGGUACGGGCAUUUUGAGUGGGUCGUUAUGCCAUUUGGACUCACCAAUGCCCCCGCAACGUUUCAAGCGGCGAUGACGACUGAGUUUCGCGACUUGCUCGAUCGCAGCGUCCUCAUCUACCGUGAUGAUAUCUUGGUUUAUAGUAGGACGUUGGACGAGCACAUCGUACACCUUCGCGUUGUUUUGAAUCGUUUGCGACUAGCCAAGUACAAAGCGAAUCUCGACGAGUGCGAAUUCGCCAGGCAAGAGCUUGAGUACUUGGGCCAUUUUGUCAUGCCGAAAGGCAUUCGUCCCUUAGCGGACAAGAUCCAAACCAUCGUGGAUUGGCCGGAACCCCGUUGCACUACGGAUGUACGCUCUUUCAUGGGUUUGGCUGGAUAUUAUCAGCGAUUCGUCGAGUCAUACUCGAAAGUGGCCGCUCCUUUGUCGAGACUUCAGUCCCCGAAGUGUCACGAGGACGGUUGGCAUCCGGUUGAGUAUUUCUCCCGAAAGGUGCCUCUCGUCAACACUCUCGAGGACGCUAGGAAGAAAGAGCUACUCGCGUUCGUCACCGUUCUCAAACGGUGGCGCCACUUUCUUCUCGGCCGUCGGCGUUUCAAAUGGAAUACAGACAAUAAUCCGUUGACCUUUUAUAAAACGCAAGACACGGUCACUAGCACGAUCGGUCGAUGGAUGUAUUACAUCGACCAGUUCGAUUUUGACCUGUGCUACAUUCUCGGUCCCGCCAAUCGAGCUGCGGACGCCCUCUCACGACGGCCCGACUUAUGCGCCAUUGUGACCGCGGCAUUCGACCUCGAUGACGAUCUGCAGCCGCAUUUCGUCGAAGGCUACAAGUCCGAUCCGACUUACUCUACGCUUUACGCAGAGCUUUCAUCGGAUCACCCGCCGGCUAGCCACUAUCGGAUUUCCGACGGGUUCCUUCUCCUUCACUCGAGAGGAAAGGACUUGUUAGUUGUGCCCCAAGAUCGCAUCUUACGGACUCGUCUUCUCGGCGAAUUCCACGACGCACGACUUUCGGCACACCUUGGYGUGAACCGCACACUAGCACGCCUCCGCCAGCGUUUUCACUGGCCCGACGGCCUUCAUGACGUCACGAGGUACAUUGAGUCAUGUGCAGUUUGCCACUGUAACAAGGGUCGAUCUCGAGUCCCCUUCGGCGAACUGAAACCGCUGCCGAUUCCUCGGGCACCACGCCUCUCCAUUGCUAUGGACGUGACAGGCACGUUUCCCCGCGAUCGCCGCGACCAUGACGGUAUUCUCAUGGUCGUUGACCGUUUGAGCAACUCGGCUCGGCACCCGCAGACGGAUGGUCAGACGGAGCGAGCACACCAGACCGCUGAGAUGAUGUUGCGUGCGCUCAUCCGUCCCGACCAGAAGGAUUGGGUUGACCGACUUCCCGACAUCGAGUUCGCCUACAACACUUCGGUGCACCCGGCGAUCUGCGUAACACCAUUCGAGCUACAUCAUGGUGGAGAGAAAGCACGGAUCUUCGCUGAUCUCCUUUUGCCACAGGCUGCCGACAUAGACGUCCCUUGCUCUCCCGCUUCCAUCCGGAAGUACCGGGACUUGCUGAUCAAAGCCCGCGCAAAUAUGCAAAAGGCUCAGAUCCGCAUGCAGCAGCAAGCUAACCGACGUCGACUUCCAUGUCCUUUCCGCGAGGGAGACCUUGUUUGGGUCCUCUCCGAGGAAUUUGCGCUCGAGCAGGAUGUUUCGCGCAAACUCCUUCCGAAAUGGUUCGGACCAUGGGAAGUCACUUCUGCCGUUGGAGACGACCCCGCAGGUCCUUCCUUCGGGAUCAACAUUCAUACGCCACCUUCAACUGACGAGUUCCCUGGACAUCGAUCACAGGAUCCGCGUUCUAUGGACGGACAUCAGGAAGUAGACCGCGUCAUCACGCACCGCAAGUAUGGCAACAAGCCAAGGCAGUACAAAGUCACAUUCAAGCAAUGUGCGCCCAAUGACAUUCGGUGGAUCUCCAGUACAGAUUUGCAGACUUCUGCACCCCUCAUCUUCGCCGACUAUGAGAAGCGACGCCUUGCUAAGGACGCAGCUCGGCCUGAGCCUGAAGCGGGCAAAGUUUCACAAGUGUCCACUGAGCCAAUGGGCAAGGAUGGUGAAGUCAGCAGACAGGAGGAAAUGAAACAGGCAUCCCCUGUAAGGGGUAUGACAGCUGUGGAGACAAUCGGCAAUGGGGAAGUGAGGAAUGAGAUAGAGGCCGAGCUCACGCCAUGCGGUAACCCUGUGCUGAUGACAGUGCCUCCAGAAUUGGGCACAGAGCGAUGCUUAACGGAGGACAACAGCAUGGAUGGGGGCCUAAAGAGGCAGAGACAGGAAGAUCUGAUGUGGAAACAGGACAAGGUGCGUAGAGGUGAAGAGGACACAUCUGUGGGAAGCCAGAGGGCAUCUGAUCUCCCUGGAUUGAACUCGGAAGCAGCAGAAACUGGACAGAACUGUCUUCAAAGUCAGAGCUCAAUGGAGGGAGUCGGGGAGGCUGACAUGGGGCAGACUGACACCGGGGUUGUGGAUUUACCACCUUCGGGAAUAGGUGAUGGAGUCCCCAAAGCAAAGAUGGAAAGCUUGGUCAUGGACAGUCAAUGCGAUAAUGUUGCAGGAGAAGUUGGAGGGAAGAUGUUCCCUGGAAAUUUACAAUUAGGUGUCUUAGAAGCACCGAACAAUGGUCUAUUGGAAGUGGCGUUAACGCAAAAGAGUGAAAUGCCUCUCACUGAAACGGUGCAGAGAGUGGGGAUAUCGAUCGGAAGUGGUUUUCCCGCAGGAGAUGCCAAUAAGGCUGCGGAGGAGGUAAAGGCAACCGGAAGUGGUUUUCCCGCAGGGGAUGCCAAUAAGGCUGCGGAGGAGGUAAAGGCAAUCGGAAGUGAUUUUCCUGCAGGGGAUGCCAAUAAGGCUGCGGAGGAGGUAAAGGCAAUUCAAGAUUUAGCCCAAUGUACACGUGUGCAAGAAGGCCCCAAAACAGCCCAUGAAGCAUUGGAAGGCGUUUCAACAAAUGAGGUGGAUCUGCCUCGAUGUCCGGACAUUGUGAAGGCCAAAACAGCAAUGCAUCCUCCAUCGGGGACUGGGAGAAGCUCUUCGAGAGGUAAAGAGCGUGCUGCUGCUAAUGGUGGAGACAUGAAAAAGAUGUCAGACAGACGGAUGAGCAGGCAUCUGAGAUCUGAGGAAAAGGCAGGUGAUGCAUCAAGCCGCAUCAGGCAAAGCUCAAAGACAUUGGGGAAGGAUAGCCAUUCAGUGUCCAGUCGGUUGUCGGUGCCAUCAUCCGAGCAUGGGAGUAAAGAACGGAAGUCAUCGAGCUCCGAACAUGGGAGUAAAGAACGUAAGUCUUCGAGCUCCAAAUCAGGGCACAUUUCAUCAAAGGAAAGGCACAGACAUUCCUCUUCGAGUGCAGGAAAAGGAGCUGAUGGAGGAAAGAACAAGGAGUCCUCUUCAACAAGCAAAGGAAACACUUCCACGAAGGAUACCAAGGCUAGUCAGAAGGAUUCAUUGGCGGCUCAAGGAGGUUCGAGUGCUGUAUCUAGCGCCAAGCGCGCUGAUGGAACAUCCACACGACCCAAUGAGAGUGGAUUGUUUAAUGUGCCUGAGGGCGGCUGGACUUAUGUUGAUAUGAAUGGGCAACGUCAAGGACCUUUUACACUAUUUCAACUGCAGGGCUGGAGUCUAGCCGGUCAUAUGCAUGAUCAGAUGGUGAUCAAUCACACUGAGAAAGGGCUGCUUAUAACCCUCGCUCUUGCACUCCAGAGGACUCGUGGGACUCCUCAUCUCAAGUCCACACAACAGCAGCAACUUCGUCAGGGGGGCGGACACCUCCAGUCAGCUCAGCCACAGUCAGAACCACAGAUGUCACAAGUCCAGGCACCCCACUCACAGCAGCCAUCGCAAUUGCCACAAGGGCAAUUGUCACAGGUGCGGCCAUUGCAAGUGCCACAGGUGCAACAGGCACAAUUACCACAGGUGCAACCAUUGCAUUUGCCACAGGCGCAGCCAUUACAAAUACCACAGGGGCAGCCAUUGCAAUUCGCACAGGUUCAACCAUUGCAACAACCUCAAGUGCAACCAUCACAAUUACCACAGAUGCAGCCAUCACAAUCGUUCCAUGUCCAGACAUCACAGCCGUCGCAAAUGCAGCCCCCACAAACCUUCCAAGCUCUGCCACCACAGCUACCGCAAGCUCAGCCACCACCACUCCCACAAAUGCCACAUUUGCAUGUCCAACCACCACCACAGCAGCUACUUCCACCACAACCACCACAGUUGUUUCAAUUGCAGCAGGCGCCAUUCCCACAGCAGCCCCAAGUUCCCCCGCAACUUACACACGUGUCUCUGCAGUGCCAGCAGUCGUUACAGGGACAACAGGUCCAGCUACUGCAGCUGCAACAGAACCAGCAACAAACUCACCAUGCUUUACAGGUGCAGUGGCAGCCCCAACAGUGCAUGCCACCAGAUCAGUUGCCACUCCCACCGCCUCCUCAUCAGGGACACGUGAAUGCUUUCCAGUCACAGCAGCCUCCACAGCUUCCAAUCAGGCGUGUAACAGCCCCUGCUAACUGUCAAGUACCGCCCCAACCACCCCCACCACCUCCCCCACAACCUCCUCCUCAACCUCCUCCAUCGGCUCCCCCGAUCAACUCUCAGACAAUUCCACCGCCCCCACUUCAGACUGGCAUGACACAGGUACCCGCUCCAAGACUCUCUCAAACGCCUCCGAACCGGCUUCCAUUUCCUCCAGCAAUGCCCCCAAGUGUAUCCCCCCCACCAUACCCACCGGGGUCACAACCACUUUCACAAUCAUUCAUUCCCCCUCCUCAUAUCUGUCCUCCUCCAUUUUGCUCACAAGGGCCCUGGUGUCCGCCCGGCACGUCUCAAGUAUCGGAAGUGCCUCUUCCAGGUCCGCCACAGUCCUUUCCAUCUAUGUCUUGUCAUGUGGCUCCACCCCCCCCUAUCUCCUCCGCAGUUGCCUCUCAGCCUCCUCCACAACGGCCUGUGGUUGCUGGUCAACAAGGCGCUCAACCCUUAGCAGUGACUUUGCCACCCACUCAGGUUGGGUCACAAGUGCCGUCGCGAAUCCCUGCACCGCCCUCCUUGCAGAUCGCAACAGAGCCAUUUGGGCAGGUGCAACCAAUGGAGCUCAGCUUGUCACCUUGUGAAUCACAUGAUGGCGACUCCUUUACACAGCCACUGAAGACAGGUUCGAGCAUCCCUGAUGGUAAAGCACAUCAGGAAUCUAGCUCUACAGGAUUCCAGGGAUGUUUUACGCCCCAUUCGGUAUCACACAAAUUGCCGAGUGUGGACUCAAUUCCGUCACGCGAUUGGUCACCGCAAUCAUGGUCACAACAGGGAUCACAGCGGCCAACUCCUCCAGAUACCACCCCACUCUCCCCACAGCUGCGUCAUAUGAUGCCUCAUCGGUCUCAGUUGUCACCAGUGAAGCCUAGGAUUCUAUAUCAUGAAAUGUCUCGACAGGAUGCGAGUCAACAGGGACAACAUCAGGGGAUGCAGCGAGAGAUUCUAGACCAGCAGCCACCACAUAACCAUCGUGGCAUGAGACCAGAAAUCGAUGGAACCCCAUGCACUGAGGGUGAAGAUUCAAGGCAUCACCCUAGUCCACUUCAAAAGGAAGCUGGAGGAGGGUUGUCAUCUGGCAGAAAACUGGAUGGGUGGAUGUAUAAAAAUGCAUCUGGUGGGCUAAGUGGUCCGUAUUCAACCGAACAACUGGAGGAAGGUGUGAGGACGAACUUCCUGUCUGAUCUUAUGCCCGUGCACUGGUGCCCUGAGUCGGGUGAUCUUGAGCCGGCCAUUCCUUUGAGGGAAGCACUGCUGCAGGGGAGGGGUUUGGACCCUCUAUCAUCCAGGGCACUUCCUGAGCAUCAUCAUAUGGCCAGUAGAGAGAAGGAACGCCCUUCCCGCAUGGACUCCUUUAGCGGGCCAGGGAGUGCAGCUUUAACACGGGAGAAUGCACACUAUGCUGAAACACACCGGAUUGGAUCAAAUGCUGCAUUUCCAUCCCACUCCAGAUAUGGACCCCAUUCACCUGAGAGAGAUGUUGAUGGUCACCUUCCAAAUAGAGUUUCUUCAUAUGACUUGCUCCCAUCAUGGGGUAGUUCAAAGGUACCCUAUUUGCCAUCAUCUCACUAUCAGUACAAUUCUCUACAGUCAGGGCACUCCGCUCCUCCUCCAUCGAUACAUAGGUCUGUGAAUGAAGGGGUUCGAAAUGAUUUACUAUUGCGUUCACAGCAGACAAUUGAAGACAUCUCUGGCACAAGUGGCCCACACCAGGGCCAAAUGGGUUGGCGUGAGAUAGACCGGAUGUCGCAAGGGCCUAUGCACCGGUGGAUGUCUGAAGGGGCUGGUGCCACUCGUGGUCAAGCACACAUGAGCGAUCUGCCAGAUGGGGAGGCUGGACGGGCAUCUUCACCGCCUUUUAUGAGAUCUGCAACUUCCAAGGGUUCUCUGCAUGUCAUGAGUGAAUCGACUAGCCGGCUGAGGGAUCAGGCUGAAUUACCCCCCCACGAUUUUAAAGCUGCAUCUGAUGCACGUGCUCCAGCAGAUAGCAAAUAUCGCUACUUGUCUCCCAGUCUUAAAAAGGCAUGGGAUGCUGUGUGCUGGCAAUAUGAAGGUGGUGAUCGACAAUUGAAGGGCCCUUAUAACCUUACCUAUUUGAAAAGGUGGUUGGAGAAGGGUUACCUUUACUUGUCACUUGAGGCAUGGGAUGCUGUGUGCUGGCAAUAUGAAGGUGGUGAUCGACAAUUGAAGGGCCCUUAUAACCUUACCUAUUUGAAAAGGUGGUUGGAGAAGGGUUACCUUUACUUGUCACUUGAGGUUCGACACAUCGAUGGGUUGAUGAAUCCAAUGACCCUAAAAGAACUGGUUACUAUUGGUGAAUCCGGACAGUUAGCAGAUGCCUUGGGUGUUGACCAUGAUACCUGGGAGCGAAAGCCUCGGAGCAAAACUGGUGCAGGUGAGGAGCAAAAAGUUCCUAAGCCAUCUCAUGGGAGAGGGACAGAGAAGGAGUGGAGGAAAGACGAAGUUGUAGAGGGGAAUAUGGAAGAUGAGAAGGAAGCUAAACAGACGGAAGCGCCAGUAGAUAAGAAAAAAGAAGACAAGAGGGUGAUAACGGAGUAUAAGCAAGAGCCAUAUCAGGAGGAAACCAGCCAGGAGGAGCCUAUCGAGCUUGUUCGCCGAGAACUUCACUUGGCGGUGAUGAAAGUGGUGCGGAGAGCUGUUGUUGAUGCCACAAUCUCCCAGCGUCUGGAGCAGUGGCUGGAGGAGAAGGAAGCGGCAAGGCGCAUGGAGGAGGCGGUGGUUGGAGCGAAGCGAGCAGAUGCACCAGCAGUGCAGUACCGCAGGGAGGACAUUGCUGGGAAGCAUUUUUCAGUAGGAGAUUGGUUUGACACAAGGAAGAAAAGAGGACAGGCUGCACCAUCCGAAGGGGUAGUAGCAGUUAGCUCCCAGAAGAAAACAUCCGGGAAGGUGGGAAAUGACACUAACAAGAAGCUUCGGGACUAUUCGUCAUCGUCUUCUUCCUCAUCAGACACAGAGAGCAGCUCAAGUGAAUCAUCUUCCGAAAGCAGCAGUAGUGAUGAUGAACCUGUGGACGCUCACGACAAUCAAGAACCCACGGCUGACGAAAAUGAAGAACCCACGGAAGCUUCUGAACAGCUGCGCCUCCAUGCAAAGAAGGUGCACAGACGUGCACACUAGAUAGUGGAAAAUCGUGCCUUCAUGAUAUUGGUAAAUGAGUCAAUCGUGAUGAUAACGAUGAUGACGAGUUUUGUGCUGCUUCAACAGGAGGAGGUUCCCGAGGUUGGCCAAAGCACAGUAAGUAUGAGGCAGAAGUGCGGGACGGAUGUGCUUCUUGCCAAUGGCAGACAAGCUCUGGGCGAGGGUUCGUGUAUGGCUGCGGGUACACCAGGUUUAACCCGUGGAGGUUGGCUCAUAGAACUGUCCUUCUCCAACUGUGAUACUGAUAAAGCUAAGGAUGAUACUUGCUCAUCCAGUGAAGAGAGAACUUCACUGCCCUCCCUUCUAACAAGAAAUGAGGAGAUUGCAGAUGAUGGCAGGGAAACUUGUCCUUCUUUUGACAGUCAGGGCCAUAUUGAAACCCCAUUGACUGCGAAUGGAUGGCAAGGUACUGGAUGGGAUGGGAGAGUGCCGAGCAACUUCUCAAGUAUUGACAGAUGUGCAGAAUUCUCGACCACAAACGUCAUGGGGUGGAAAGGAAUGCCGGGUUCUGUACAGAAAGAAAUUGGUGGAAUAGGGGCAAGCCUCUGUGAAGAUGGUUGUAUGCAGAUCAAGCCAGAAACACAGGUGGUUAGCACUGUUGACAUUCAGGGCAAUGGCCUGUUCAUGUGGAACCAGAACGCUCAACUCAGUGUGGCUUGUCCUCAAGGAUCGUGCACAGAAUUGGACCCAUUGGAAGUGGAGAGGGAACAGCAGUUGGACAAUCAUGAGGUUGUUUGGCUACCCGGGAGGAGAGUGCAGGAAGGGGGGAAACAGCUGUCGGGUAUCAAAGAAGCAAUUUCACUGAAACAGAUAGGACUUCAGAUGCAGGAUGGUGAGGCAUUCCUGCAGACGUGUGAGAAACCACUGGAAGAUGAGGAUGAGCCUCAGGAGGAUGGUGGACUCGAAAAAGGAAACACAAGGCUGGUACCUGGAGAGCUGAUGGCACAGCGCACCAGUGAGGAACGGUAUUCUGGCAUUGAUAAGCCAUCAUCGCUGUGUGAGGCAGUGGGCAAGGGAGAUGAGACUGAUGGUAAUCCAUUGCAGAAGGCUUUUGAGGCAAUGGUCUGUCACAACGUGGUACCUCAGCACGGGAUGAUUCAUCUCGCCUUGAAUCCCAAAAACGAAGAAGAAAAUGAUGAUGGGGAUAAAAUUGAGAAUGUCGCUAAACAUCCCACCAGCUUCAACGAGCCAUUGCUCCAGCAGGCAAAGGAAGAGGAAAAGGGAAAUCGUGGGCCCUCACAACUGAAGGAUAUAGAGGACACUGGGAGACACCAUACCGUAGAGCUGUUGAGAGAAGAUGAUGCCCUCAUUGAUGGAACUAAAGGAGUGCUGAAGGACCUCACAUUGUAUAAGGUGGCGAAUUGUAUGGGUAAUGGUGAAAAUGUGACCAUUCAUGGCGGAGUCGUCGAAGAUCAGUCUGCAGAUGAUGGAGCACUGAGCUGGAAAGGCAGCAAGUGUACUCUCUGCCGCAAUUUCAUGCCGACGGUGGAGAUUGGGAGACUAGUAGGUGAGCACAGUGACAUGGUUACUGGGAUAGAUUAUCAAUCUGCUCAGGAGAUCCCUCAGACAGGCUGUUUGGAACGAGGGAACCUUCCAGGCAAAGAUGGGAAAGUAGAAAGUGGUCUGGAAAUCAUGUCUUCCAAGGAAAGGGGCCAGCAGGUGACUGUGGAAGAGCAAAUGUGGCAUGAGUUCGAGAAAUCUGAGGAUGAUGCAUGUGUUUUGCCCUGUCAGCAGCGAGCAGAACCCAAGGCAAUGCUAUCUGUUGAGAUUGACAGGGCUAAUGGAAGCCCUUCCCCAGGAAAGGUGAAUUGUAGUGAGCCGUCCCUGGGACUCUGUAAGCUGCCCUUGAUGGCAUAUGGCAUUGAACAACAGCGCUUCCAAUUGGGUUGUAUAGAAUGUGAGCAGCUUCCUGACGAUGUCCUGAAAUACCAAACUGCUGCCGCAAGUUCUGAAUGUGAGUAUACUGAGAGGGAGCUGAUCCACAAGGAGGAUGUUCUCAAGGAGGUUCCAAAGUCAGUAACAGAGCAGGGGUCUACGCUGAGAGGGUGUGCAAAAGAGGAAAUGAUCGGGAGAAAAAUGCCUUCAUUUGGUGCAGAGAAGGCCAGCGAGAGGGUUGACCCAGGAGUGCUGAAUGGGAUGUUGGCAGGGGCAUCUGAGAAGCAGGAGGAACUUCAUCGUGCAGAGGGUGAUACAUCUGUUGGCGGAUGUCAGAGGAACAACGCCCUGGGAAAUGAUAGACAGCAAAGGGGAAUGAUUGAAAGUAUCGAGGCAACACAAAUGGAAAUUGACCUUGUGCAUGAGGACUGUGGGCUAGCAGACGGCAAUAAGGAUGCAGGAGAGGAUGUUCUUAUGGCGCCUGGCCCUCAGGUUUUGGUGUUGGAAGGUGGAGAAGGAAGUGCAGCUGACCUUGCUGAAACAGGAUUUUGUGGUGAAAACAUGAAGAUGGAGGUGGGCACAGAAGCUAUUCAGUGUGCUGUGGUUGAGGGCAUGUCAGGAACUGAAACUGAGUUUCAGCUCGAUUGUGAAAAUCCCGAGCAGGAGUGUACAGCUACAACCCCCAAACCAGAUUUCAUAACCUCAGUAGCAGAGAAACGCAGAGUUGAAAGUAAUGAGCUCGUAAGCGAAACCACACUUGAUAUGGAUACGAAGGAAAUAAGUGCUCCUACAAUGGUUGUUUACUCUCGACGAAGAGACUGUGGAAGGGAGUCGGGGCUUAAAACAGCUUUUAUUGAAGAGAAGGGGGAGCAGGAGGUUUUAUUAGGGCAGGUGUCACCUGGAUGCGCCAGGGAGAAAGUUGAUUAUGAGAGGGCACAAAUCUGUUUGGACCUUCGCCACUCUUCACUCUCCUUUAGCAGAAUCGAUGAUGAUCCAUCAUUGCUGAUGGAACUUGACAAGUCGGCAUUAUCUUUCAUAAAGGAUGAGAGUCCGUGGAACGUCAUGUUUUUAUCUGCAGACAGUCUAUUCCCACCACCGAGUGACUCACAAGGGGGUUCACAUGCCUCUAUCUGUCCGGAUGGUCACAUGGGAAUGCGGAAUAAAGAUAAGGAGGGUGCAGUUGCCGGUUCUUCUGUUACGGGGAGCUUGCGAGGGAAUAAUAUGCUUGAACUUGACUUGCUAUCUGGGGACAGUGCAUGUGAACCAAGUGACUGCCAAUUGGAGAAGGAUGGGGAUUGUGAGAUGUCAAGUCGAACUCUAGCCAAAGAUGAACAUCCUGCCGGUGGCUUGCAGAUUGCUCCCAGAGCAGACUGUAAUGGACCAGCUAUGGGUACAACCAUGGAUGCUGUGAACAGACGCCCUGUAUACCAUUCAGAGACUCCAGCAAAACAAUUGUCCCCGGAAGAAACUCCUGCAGUAUCGGGGCUAUCAGCCCUCGCAUCAACUUCAAGCUGCUUACUGCCGUCUGGUCUCACCCAGUGUGUUUUGGUGGACCAGCCAAGUGCGCGCCAGGAAUCCCCUCUAUCACCCUCCCGAGACAACACGGACACGUUGAUGGAUUCCCCACUCACUAGGAAGAAGGGCCUGGCAUUCGAGGAACAGGAUGGGACAGGCAUUGGAAGUACGACGAUGAUAUCAGAUAAGGAUGGCCCCUUAGGAAGAGUUUCUGAUUCUUCACUGCUGCUUACUGAAAUGGAACAUUCUGCGUUGACAACUUGUGAGCCAGAGGCAGCGCUGCAUUCAGGCUCAGCAGGAACUGCCCCAGAGGCUGAGCAACACCCGGAGGCAGCAGAAAUGGCAGGUUUUGCAGAUGCUGCACUAUCAAGGGCAUCCAGGUCAACGAAGAUUACAUUUGAAGAACAGCCACGGACACUGAAAAGUGGAAGGAUUGGCAAUGAUCCCAGUAGACUCCAAGACGCCUCUGGUUGCAACAAUGAUAACGACCAUGGGCAUGAUCUCAGCGGCUGGUGGCAUGGGCUGGAAACUGCCCAGGGCAUGGAGGAAUAUCUGCAGUGUAGGGUUUUGAGAAAGGAGUUCUGGAGGAAAGUUUCAUGCCGUCCAUGCAGUGGUGGGCUUCCCCCUGACGUCGUGCUAGUCAGCAAGGCGGGGUCCCGUGCGAGGUCAGUUGAGAAGGCCUUGGCGAUGGAAAGAAGAAUGGCUGCCAUCAUGAAAAGUACUCAAACUAGGACAGACUACCCGAGAACCCGGGCUACCUUGAAGGGAAAAGCAUGCCCGGUAGGGAGUCCUCGUCCAGUGCGUCGUCCUGCUGCCAUAGAGGGGAAACAAAUGCCUCUGAGAGUGUUUAGUCAGACGCAGACACGAAACAGUACAUCCAUAUAUGAUGAGAAUGGAAAGGAGCGAGGCAACUCAUCUACCAAGGUAGCUGGAAACCGAAGGGAAGGUGGAAGAGUCAAGUGUGUGAUGUGCAGAGGGCCUUGCUGUAAAUUGCAGGGCAGUGAGCACAGUUGCUUGGAUACAACAUUGUUGGCAGAACUUGAAACUGUAAAUGAGGCUUCUCGGACAGCAUCCCGGAUCAUGGCUGCCAGAACUUGCCAGGAUGGCAAAGUGAAGUGCAAACAGAUUCAAGGAAGGCCAAUCUCGGAAGGCUGUGCUCGGACAUCAAUGAGUGGCUGGUCGUGGCGGGAGUGGGCUCGGAUAGCUACCCCGGAAGAAAGACUAACUGCAAGGGGUCUCACUCAAGGGGAAGUGGAUGUUGCCAGUGUGGGUAAGAGUUCCUUGUCCAAUGAGACAGUGCUAGGGAAUACAGGCCUAGGGCAGAUGCCUGCAGAUCGGGCGAGAAUGAAUCGUGCUAAACAUCGAAGGCUCGCUGUCGCUGCUGAAGGGGCAGAUAUCUUAAAGUUGAGCCAGUUGAAGGUAUUGCCGCACAUAAUCAUUCCGCUCUUUUUCACCAAUCGAGGACUUUGUGUCAUAGUUGGAAAUGAAAUUGCUUUUCUUGCGGGCAAUCCAUGUGUAGCAUUUUGUAACUUUUGUUCUUAUUUAGUGACGUGCUUGUCUGUUCCUGCGGGGACCUCUUCUCCAUACCUGCUUCAGCAUCUUUCAGUAUUGCAUCUUUGUGGUCAGAACUGCUGGAACUUUGGAACCAAUUAUAAUGUUAGCUUCGCAUGCGCUGUAGAGGGAUCUUCUGAGGAGAUCGCGAUAGGGAUGCUAGCGAACAAUUUUCUUUGUUCUGAGGAGAAGAACAACUGGAUCAAGGCAAGUGGAAGUGGAAUGAAAGGAUGUUUAGGGGACUUCAAGUCGGAGGAGGUGGGAAUGCGAGAACCCUAGGUCCUUCCAGUAGACGGUUGUGUGUCCUCUUGUGAGGGGUAGAACAGGAGGCACGAGUGUAUCUUCUCUGGUGUGUGUUGAUUUGACUCUAGGGAGAUAAAGGAAUCUUUGCCAA